AUGGUCGCCGGAGAAAGCCCGUUUCCAGAUGGGGGAACCAAGGCUUGGAUGACGGUUCUUGGUGGCCUGAUUGCAUUUACCACGAGCAUCGGCUAUCUCAGCAGCUUCUCCAUUUUCCAGAGCUACUACAGCAUCGUGACGCUUCCCGACUAUAGUGCGGAUCAGAUAUCGUGGAUUGGCAGCCUUCAACUCUGGGGCUGCUUCUUCUUUGGCAUUUUGUCGGGUGGGAUGUCUGAUGCCUUUGGACCAAGAGUACCCGUCGCGCUGGGCGGGUUUCUGUUGGUGCUGGGAACCAUGAUGUCCUCGAUAUCAACCAGGUACUACCAAUUUAUGCUCUCGCAAGGGCUAUGCACAGCAAUAGGACUCGGACUCAUCUUCACGCCCGCUUUAUCAAUUCAAUCACAGUGGUUCGAAAAACGACGCGGACUGGCUGUCGGCAUAGUCAUGUCAGGCCAGAGCCUUGGAGGUGCGUUCAUGACCGGCUCUGACCCAGGAAUCAUGUACUGA